AAGAAGCCAUUAAAUUCUCAUCAACCCAAAACAUUGCUAAACCUCAAAACUAAACUACUUGAGCCAUCAUCAACAUGAACAAGCACCAUCAUUUCAUGAUCGUCUCUCUUCCGGCUCAAGGCCACAUCAACCCCACGCUUCAACUAGCAAAGAACCUCGCCCGUGCCGGUGCGCGAGUCACCUUUGCCACGACCACCGGAGGCCUUCGCCGCAUGCGCAACCGCCCAACCGUUGACGGCUUAUUCUUUGAAUCCUUUACCUACGAGGGCAACGACGACAACACGUCAAAAACCACCGUGGAUGACUACAUGGCUAGAUUUAAGCAAGCCGGUCCGGGAAAUCUCGCGAGGCUAUUGGACACGUGUUCUAGCCAGGGCCACCCUGUCACCUUCUUGGUUUACACUAUUAUGCUCCCUUGGGCUGCCGACGUGGCUCGCGCGAGCCACGUGCCAUCGGCUUUUCUAGUCAUUCAGUGCGCUGCUGCUUUUGCUAUUUAUCACCAUUUCUUUAACGCCAACAAUGGUGUUCAUAAAGAUGGUGUCACUGACAUUAAUGACCCCUCAUUUUCACUAAAGUUACCAGGAGUACCAUUGUUAUCUCACAGAGAGAUUCCAAGCUUUCUCAUACCAAGUGAUCAUCUCAAUUCACUCAUGACAGGUAUCUUGAGAGAUCAUAUGGAGGUCUUGGAAAAGGAUCCCAACUCUUUGGUGCUCAUCAACACUUUUGAAGCUUUAGAAGAAAAGCAACUGAAAAUCUUCCCCAAUAUGAAUAUCAUCCCCAUUGGCCCUUUGGUCCCAUCUGCUUUCUCUGAUGGGAAUGAUGCCACGGACACAUCUUUCGGUUGUGAUCUGUUUGGGAAAUCCAAGGACUAUCUAGCGUGGUUAGACUCAAAGGCAGAGCGUUCUGUGGUUUAUGUCUCAUUUGGGAGCAUUGCAGGGAUAAGCCGUGAGCAAAAGGAAGAAAUUUUGGAAGCAUUGAUGCAAAGCUCGCGGCCAUUCUUGUGGGUCAUCAGGUCAUGGGAGAGUGAAGGUGAAGAAGCAAAGGCCAUGAAGGAUAAGGGGGUAGAGGAACGAGGGCUAGUUGUGCCAUGGUGUACCCAAACAGAAGUGCUUUUCCACAAGUCCAUAGGGUGUUUUGUGACACACUGUGGGUGGAAUUCGACACUAGAAAGUCUGGUGGCUAGCAUGCCAAUUGUGGCAUGUCCACAAUUCUCCGACCAGUUGACGAAUGCUAAGCUAGUGGAGGAAGUAUGGGGAACAGGACUGAGGGCACAGGCCAAUGAGAAAAAGGUUGUGGAAAGGGAAGAGAUAAAAAGAUGUUUGGAGAUUGUAAUGGGAGGAGGAGAGAGAGGGGAGGAGAUAAGAAAGAAUGCCAAUAAGUGGGCAAGUUUAGCUGUUGAAGCUAUGAAGGAAGGUGGUUCUUCAAACUGCAAUCUAAAAAAGUUUUUGGAGGAUAUAUAAUGAAAUUUCAAAUGUUUUCCAUUAGAGUUCAUCAAUAAGAAAUAAUGAAAUUAAGAAUCCAAAAUAGUUUCUUGCAUUUUGUAUUGGAAUCUUAAUCUAUCAAAUCAACUGUGUUGCAAA